UGGCUAAUGCAGCGUUAGCCAAGCAACGUUACCUUCAUCCAUUUUGUUUAGCCUAGCUAGCCCGGCUAACGUUACCUUAUCUACUGUACUGCAGAGAUGGAUGACGGUGACGAGCCGGGGUUAGUUCUCUCUCACAACACAUCUUCAGGCUCUAAAUCAGGCGGGGACAAGAUGUUUUCCCUAAAGAAGUGGAAUGCAGUCGCUAUGUGGAGCUGGGACGUUGAAUGUGAUACUUGUGCCAUUUGUCGUGUACAAGUGAUGGACGCUUGUCUCCGAUGUCAGGCGGAAAAUAAACAAGAGGACUGUGUUGUCGUAUGGGGAGAGUGCAACCAUUCCUUCCAUAACUGCUGCAUGUCCCUCUGGGUGAAGCAGAACAAUCGCUGCCCCCUCUGCCAGCAGGAUUGGGUGGUUCAGAGAAUUGGCAAAUAA